AUGGAGGAAACUACACGUCUCUUUUUCAAGAAUGUGGUUAAGUAUUGGGGGCUUCCAAAGACCAUUUGUUCAGAGUCUACGGGUCAAAGUCCUUUCGAGUUAGCAACUGGGCAACAACCUUUGACUUCUAACACCUUGACGGCUUUUAUGGGGAGUUGCCCAUCAGCCUUUAAAUUCGCUAAGGAUUGGCAAAACCAAUGGGAGCUAGCACGCAUAUACUUAAACAAGGCAGCCAAGAAGAUGAAGAAAUGGGCAAAGUCAAAGAUGCGACACGUGGAGUUCCAAACGAGAGAUCUUGUCAUGGUCAAUCUGCUUCUCAUACAACAUAAGUCUUUAUGCUCGUUGCACAAGGGUCUCCUAAGGAAGUAUGAAGGGCCAUUUCUUGGCCUUAAGAGAAUAGGCAAGAUGUCUUAUCGCUUAGAGCUUCCACCAAAGAUGAAGAUUCAUCUGGUCUUCCAUGUGAACCACUUAAAGUCAUACCAUUCGGAUGCAGAAGACCCUACUCGAGGGGAGUCGAGUAGAGCACCAUCAAUCACUUCUACUUCAUUUCAUAAAGAGGUAGAAUCCAUACUGGUAGACCGAGAAGUAAAGAAUCAUGAGCCAAAAUACCAGGAGUACUUCAUCAAAUGGAAAGUCUUGCCCGAAAAUGAAUCUAGCUGGGAAUCCGAGGACUCGUUGUGGCAAUUUAGAGACCACAUCAACCGCUAUGUGGAGAAAGCAACAAGAAUGUCACCAAAUUAA